UUUUGGAAUUAUUCUCUGGGAACUUGCUAACGAAAAAAAUCCAUAUGAAGAUUACAAUGAUAUUCACGUAAUAAAGGAAGCAAUCCUUAAUAAUAAACAAAUCUUAAAUGAACUUAAUAAUUGCAUGCCACAGAAAUAUAUAGACAUUAUGAUGCGAGCUCUCGAAUUUGAACCAAAUAACCGUCCCACUAUCUGUGACAUAUUUAAAGUUUUACAUGAUGUAGUAAAUAACCCAAAUAUUUCUCAAAGGUCAUGUAUGAAAUCUCUUAAAAUGGGCAUGCCUCAAUCAAGCUUCUCAUCAAUAGACGAUGCAAUAAAUGAAGCAAAAAAGGAAAAUAGAGAUAAGCAGAAGGCACUCGAUUACAUUGACAUGUUUGCGGAUCUUGGCAAUCCUAAAGCAAUUUAUUAUAAAGGCCAUUUUUUACAACAAAAGCUUCAUGGUAAAUAUAAAAUUUCAGCACCUAAUGAAUACAAGAGAAUUCAAGAAGAAGUUGCCCGUCUUUUUGAGAGUGCAUCAAAUGCAAAUAUUACAAUCGCACAUACAAAAUACGGAGAUUGUCUUUUUAAUGGUCAUGGGGUU